ACUUAAAGAUAUCAUUUAAAACACCACGCUAAACCAUAUACGGGACGGUGUGUUAGGAUCAAAGCCCACGGCCACACAGGGCACCCCGUUACUCCGUUCACUUCUACGGAGUGCACUUCCAACAUAGUACGGAAUACUAUUCUACCAAUACCAUUCUACCAAUUUUUGGCCCUCUCCUCCAUCUUCCACUCUUCCGCCACUCGUUGCACCGUAUUCUUCGCAUUUCUCUGCGGAAUCACCGCAGAGCCCGACCAUUCGUUACUUUGAUUUACAAUUGGCAGCCGGGAGAUUCCUCAACGCUGCUUCGUUCGUUUCGGUCGACCGUAUCCCCUGUUCUAAACCAUCACAUAGAGCACGGCAACGGGUAGACUGCCAACAUCAGACCACCCGAACAACUGUCCAAGCGGCAGACGCAGCAAUUGCCCAACUCGAUAAUGGCCGUCAGAACGUUGUCGACAAGCAAUGGCACAAUCAAGACAUCCAACCCCAAACUAACCCGUCCCUUCAGGAUCCCCAGCGAGGAUCUAUCACCAUCAUGCCAUCGCGGACCCGUAGCUCGUCUCUGCGCAUGGCUCGUCGACCACCAAAUCCACAUCUCCCUCACCUACCUCCUCACCGUCUUCUUCAUCCACGCCAACUUCCCUGCCGCCCGCCGACGCACCCGUCCGCUCUUCGUCCUCCCCCACAACGACCCAUCCACAGGGAAAUAUAUCCGCGGAUGGGACGACCUAGCCUUCGUGGCGUCGUGGACCAUGGUAAUCAUGGGGCUGCGGGUGGCGAUGAUGGAGUACGUCCUAAAGCCGUUCGCCUCGGCGGGAGGCGUGUACAAGACGAAGGAGCUGGUUCGGUUCGCCGAGCAGGCGUGGUUGGUGGUGUAUUAUUCGAUUAGUUGGCCGAUGGGGAUGUAUAUCAUGUACCACUCGAAAUACUGGCUGAACCUCGACGAGAUGUGGACCGACUUCCCGAACCGGGAGAUGGGCGGCCUGCUGAAGUGGUAUUACCUCGUACAAUUCGCCUUCUGGCUACAGCAGAUUGUCGUGGUGCACAUCGAAGAGCGAAGGAAAGAUCAUUGGCAAAUGUUCGCCCACCACAUCGUCACUUGCACCCUGGUCUUGGCAAGCUACAUGUCUUACCAGCUGAAUGUUGGAAACGUGGUGUUGUGCCUCAUGGAUUUGUCGGACAUUUUCCUCUCGGCCGCCAAAAACCUCCGAUACCUCAAAUAUCAAACCGCCUGCGACGCCUGCUUCGGCGUCUUCAUCAUCACCUGGCUCUUCACCCGCCACCUCUGCUACCUCAUCGUCUGCUACUCCAUCUACUCGCAGACAAUCAGCAUCGGCUGCUACGACAGCGCCACCGGCGCCCGCCUCAGCUACGACGGCGGUACCGACAUCGUCAAGAACCUCUUCCAAGCCUACGUCGAUCCCGACGGCCCCGUCUGCUACAACGACCCCAUCCGAUAUUGGUUCCUCGGCCUGCUGCUCUCCCUACAGCUACUACUAAUCAUCUGGUUCGGCAUGAUCGUCCGCGUCGCCUUGAGCGUGUUGCGUGGCAAGCCCGCGGACGAUUCCCGGAGCGACGACGAGGGCGACGACGACGAGGAAGGGGAGGAAGAGGAGGAGGACAACUUGGUGGAGAAGAUGGUGGAGGACGUGGAGGCGAAGGCGAUCCGGUCGCGGGUGGACGGUACGAAUGGCUCGCUGACGCUGGGGUCGGCGCCACCCCAGCCGUACGUCGAGGAGGAGGUCGGCGCCGAGGCGCUGCGGUUCGUGCGGCAAAACAGCCCGCCGGCGUCGCGGCCGUAUCGGAAAUCGAGUGGACGGGCGACGGGCAUCUCGAUCCCGGGUCAUGGGGAUCGGAAGGAGUUGCUGGGUCGAAUCGGGUGCGACAAGCCGGCUUGAUGAGGGUCCAGUCGGCGACCGCUUUUUUUUCCCGUUGCUUUUUUCCUCUUGACGAGUUUCAUUUCUUCGGGGGUUUCUACCAUCAUAGCAUCUUCCUGCGAUGCACGUUUGUACGGGCGGUGAUGCGAUUUGCGUUUCCGACUACACUAGCAUGGUCCGGACGGAAAGACGUCGCUGGAUUGCCGAAACAUAUAUUUACAUGCUACACUCGGCAUCUUGAUGCAUUUACUUGGUUUUCGUUAUGUCAGAUCGAAUUUUUGAUUUGGGGCAAUCCUUCACGCUAGAUACCCUGGUACUUUCUCAUCCGUAUAUGGAACAAGAAGCAACCGAAACGGUCAUUUUCUCA